UAAUAUAUUUGUGGUCUGGCUUCCUCACCAGGCUGCUGUGAAUUUGGUGAUUCUGUCCUUUUUAGCCUGAUCAGUUCCAUGUGCACUAAAGGCACUCCAUCUCUGACCCGCAGAGCAUGAGCCGCAGCCUCCAGCCCCCUGUCAUCCUGGCCCUGAGGGGUUCUUCUCCUGACAUUGCCAGCCAGCUGCGCUUUGCCACGCCAAUCACCCCGACCACAGCCCGCUACCCCGAGCCCGGAAUGAGCUGUGGGAGGCCUGCAAGAAAAGUGCUACAGCGACCAAACUGUGCUCUGAGGAAGGGCUGUUUAACUCUGGCACCUGAGGAUCAGCCACACGGAGCGUCCUCACCUCGGCACAUCCCAGGGCACUCACCGCCUGCGUCCAGCUGAGAUGGGAUGCCACUCCAGCAAGAGCACCAAGGUGGCGGGGGAGUCCCAGGAACCCGCAGAACAGCCCGAGGGACAGGAACCAAAUCUGCGGGCUGGCACAGAGGCAGCAGAGGGCAAAGACGCCUCCGUGAAGGAUGGUGCCCCUGAGCAGAACUGAGAUGCUUCCCUCUGGAUUCGGACCCUCACCUUAUCCGUGGAACUGCCUCUGGCCAAUGAAACUCGGGACAAACCCCAUCCUGAGAAGCUCCAAAGAGAGGGAGGAGAGAGAAAUCCCCGCCUUUGGGAAUUCAGGCUUCAGAAAUUACCUUCAUCGGGCUUUGCUCUGGAGCUGAGAGGGAGAUGCGGCCACGGGGAGUCCUAUUUCCCCAGCUCUCCGAUAGAGAGGACGAAAGAAGUCUUCACACAUCCUGGGACUUUCCCUGAGCUUCUGGAAACGGGGGCGCCCCAGAGCAGACUGCUCUGGCUCUGGUGAAUCUCUGCUGCUGACCUGUGACUGUCUAGUGACCCUAC